AUGUACGAAGUCACAGGAGAGAAUUUCGCUCGCGCCAUCUCGUGGUUACUUGGGUGGUCAUAUUUCACAUCAUGGUCGCUGUCAUUCUACCCGCAACCGCUUCGCUGCUGGAAACGCCGGUCUACUCGUGGUAUAACCGUUGACUUCCCUCUGUUGAACAUUGUCGGUUUCACGAGUUACUUCAUAUCGACUACGGCAUUCCUCUUCUCGCCUGGGAUUCGACAGCAAUAUGCAGUCCGGCAUCCGCUUGCUCCCGAGCCCACAGUCCGCCUCAACGAUCUAGUAUUUGCUCUUCAUGGCACCAUUGUAUGCUUCGUUUUCUACAGUCAAUUCUACCCAAGGCUGUGGAAUUUUGAGAUUGUCAAAGGGCAACGUGCCAGUUCAACUGCGCUGGGUAUAUUCUAUGGAUCGAUCAUCGGUGUCGCUAUCACCGUAUUGCUCGUAUCAUUACUUAAAGGUGGAAGGGACACUGCUGACUCUUGGGCGGACAUUGACAUUAUAUACGCAUUCUCGUAUGUGAAACUCAUCAUCACACUUAGCAAAUAUGCCCCGCAAGCUUGGUACAACUACAAAAUCAAGUCAACAGCAGGUUGGGCUAUCGAUAUGAUCUGGCUCGACUUCAUUGGUGGUAUCAUGUCUCUUCUCCAACUGAUCAUAGACAGCGCGCUACAGGCAGAUUGGAGUGGUAUCACCGGCAAUCCUGCCAAAUUGUUCCUGGCAGUGUUUAGUCUUGGCUUUGACAUGGUCUUCUUCGCACAGCAUUAUAUCUUGUACAAAGGCGCUGAACUACCUGCAGAAGAUGAGGAGGAAGAUGCGACGAGACCUCUCCUGGGUUGA